AUGGCCGUUGACGCUGUCGUGAGUAUCGCCAGCGACCUCCGACCCAAGCUCGACGGCAACGAUAUCGUUACCGGCGACACCGUUCUAGCCAGGUACCGCAUGCUCGCCGAGGUGUGUCACAGUGACAACAAGUCCGCCAGGAUCUGGAAGAAAUCUGACAUCUACCAGGGCGGCGCAAACAUUGUUUACAAGCUCGACUCCCUCGGCAGCGACGAUGAGAAAUACGCCCCCCUGCGCAACCGCGUCCUGCGCGUGCGCAAAUCCGUUGACGACACCACGACGCAGCAGAUUGCGAUCUGCUUCAGCGGAUUCAUCAGCAAGCUUCUCGAACCCAGGUUCCUCGUCGAGAUGAAACUGGUCCACCUCACCGAGGACUUCAUCGCCUCCCUCAACCUCGACCUGCACCAGCUUGAGCUCAGCGGCUGGCGCUCGACCAAGCAUGUCGGUGCCCGCGUCAAGCCCGACGCGUGGGGUCUGCUGCUCACGGAUAUGACGUCCGAUGGAACCUUGCGCAAAGAGGGAGGGGGUGCCUAUGCCAUUGAGUUCAAGCCCAAGUGGCUGUCCCAGUCGCCCAACGCGCCUCCACUCUCACGCCGGUGCCGCACAUGUGCCAUCCGCGCGCAGCGGGAUUCCGAGAAGCAGUCCCAAGGACAGUCAGAUAGACCAGCUGUAGCAGGAGCAGCCAAAGCGACGUUCUGCCCCCUAGCCCUUCUCUCCGACGACCGCGCCACGCUCGCCACGAUUGCGCGCUCUCUCUUCGCAACGACAGACUACGCAGCCGUGGACCUGCAGGACCAACACCGGACCUUCUUCACCACGCGCUUCGUGGAUUUCUUCACCGCGCAAGGCGAUGGCCUGCGGCUCCUGCGCCGCCUCCAAUUUCUCCAGCAGCGCUUGGACCCCUACGGUAUCCUCGCCACCGGCAUAAGCCCCCUUCCCGAGCACAUCACCUUGAUCCACUUGAAGAGAUUCCAGCUCGCAAUGACUCUGAGGGACUGUUCAUUGUUGAUGAAGAUUCCGCUGAGUGCUACGGAGCCCGUCGAGGCGCGCUUGGCCGACCUUGACGUCAAGAGUAGUAAGAGAAAAUUGGAGGAGUGGCGGCUGAAGGAGAGAAGCUUGUGUAUAGGAGGUUGGUAUACGUGUCGGGAGGAGGAUGGAGAGGGGACCGGCGGGGAGGAUGUGUGUGUGCUUAAAGAGGUGGAGUGGUGGGUAUGA